UUGCACUUUCAUCGAACUUGUUAUAAAUAUUCUUCUUCUUGCAACCACUGUUUGCCCCAAAUCAUUAUUAGAUUUCUAUCUAUAAAUCGAAAAUAUUUAGCAAUGUUUGACAUUAUUGCACUCUGUAUCGUGUUUCUAUUAGCAUACAUUUUAUGGAGGGAUAACUUUAGUGCAUCACAUAAAAAUACAAAUGCACCAGGACCCAUAAAAUUUCCAUUUCUUGGAAACAUUCCACAGAUUGCUCUCACAGGCGAGAUUCUUCCAUAUAUUGCGUUUGAAAAGUUAUCUCAUAAACAUGGACCUAUUAUGAACCUCAAGUUGGGCACCAUUGAUAUGGUUGUUCUCACAUCUCUUGAUGAUAUGAAUGAACUUCUAUCAAGAGAUGAGACAUCAGACAGAUUUGGACUAGAGAUGAUCAAAGAAAGAAACGGAACAGAAGAGUUGCGAUAUGGAAUUGUGAUAUGUAAUGGGCUCCCAUGGAAAACAGUGCGUCGCUUCUCCAUUCAAAAUCUGAGACAAUUUGGUUUCGGCAAGAAAAAAACAAUGGAAGGCGUCAUGUUAGAAGAAGCGAAAGAGUUGAUUAGUCGGACUAAAGAAAAAGCUCAACAAAAUGGCGGAAUCCUUACAGUUGACAUGUUUUUUAGUCUGAGCAUCAUCAACGCGUUAUGGGCAAUGGUGACAGGGACGAGAUUCAGUCAUGAUAACCCCAGACUUCUUCACGCCCUUAAACUUAACUCUGACCUGUUUAAGGCCACCACCUUUGUUGGCGAUAUUUCAAUGGCGUUUCCCAUUUUUCGUAAAAUCCUUCCCUGGAUAACUAACAAGGCCUUUCUUUACCGAAUUUCACAGGAAAUUAAACUAUUUGCAAAAGAUAUUCACGAUGAACAUAAACAGAGAAAAGAUUAUGCUCAAAACCCAGAAAGUUUUGUGGACAUAUUCUUAGCAAAAAUUGACGAAGAGAAGAAAUUGGCAGUAGAGGAGAGGAUUUUCACGGAGGACCAGUUUCAUUUCGUUAUUUCUGAACUGUUUCAAGCAGGAUCAGAAACAGUGAACGGGACGUUAUGCUACGCUCUGCUGUUCAUGAUUUUGAAUCCACUCGUACAGAAGAAAGUCAGGGAAGAAAUUAAUACCGUUGUUGGUUUCGAUAGGGAUGUAUCCCUGACAGAUAGACCAAGGAUGUUGUAUACACAAGCUGUAUUGCAUGAAGUUCUCCGGUUCGGUGUGAUUGUUCCACUCUAUCCACCAAGAGCUUUCACAAAAGACGUUGAAUACAAGGGAUUGUUUUUUAAAAAGGGCACCCCAAUUUUUCCCAACUAUUAUUCCUGUACGGUGAGUAAAUCUUUAUGGGGAGAUCCAGAAGUGUUCCGACCAGAGAGAUUUGUAAGUAGUGAUGGAAAGACUUUGAUAAAUACACAGAAACAGGCGCCGUUUGGGAUGGGCAAGAGGUUCUGCAUGGGAGAGACACUUGCAACGCCAGCCUUAUUCAUGUACUUUACGAUGCUACUAAAAGAUCUAGAAUUUAGCCUGGUUCCAGGAGAACCCAAACCAAGGAUAACACCGCAACCAUCCAUCUCAGCGACGCCAUAUCCAUUUAAAAUGGUUGUGAACGCUAGAUUAUGACAUCGACAAAACAUUCAUGCUUUUAAAUAAAUAACUCUUUCCCCUAGUUUAAAGUGCUGAAUGCACUUGUAAUUAUGCAAUACUUAUCAAUUAAAUAAUUGAGAUUCUCAACUAGU